CUCCAGCCUCCUGGGUUCCAGGAGUGGACUGUAGACCCACCAGGACAAUGAGUGAAGAGACUGUCCCCGAGGCCGCCUCCCCGCCGUCCGCGCAGGGGCAGCAGUACUUCGAUCGUUUCUCUGAGGACGACCCCGAGUACCUGCGCCUUCGCAACCGUGCAGCGGACCUGCGGCAGGACUUCAACCUGAUGGAGCAGAAGAAGCGCGUCACCAUGAUCCUGCAGAGCCCGUCUUUCAGGGAGGAGCUGGAAGGCCUCAUCCAGGAGCAGAUGAAGAAGGGGAACAACUCCUCCAACAUCUGGGCCCUGCGGCAGAUCGCGGACUUCAUGGCCAGCACCUCCCACGCAGUCUUCCCAACAUCUUCCAUGAACUUCUCCAUGAUGACGCCCAUCAAUGACCUCCACACCGCCGACUCCUUGAACCUGGCCAAGGGGGAGCGGCUCAUGCGGUGCAAGAUCAGCAGUGUCUACCGCCUCCUGGACCUGUACGGCUGGGCCCAGCUGAGUGACACCUAUGUCACGUUGAGAGUCAGCAAGGAGCAGGACCACUUCCUGAUCAGCCCUAAGGGAGUUUCUUGCAACGAAGUCACAGCAUCCAGCCUGAUCAAGGUGAACAUCCUGGGAGAAGUGGUGGAGAAGGGCAGCAGCUGCUUCCCAGUGGACACCACGGGCUUCUGCCUGCACUCGGCCAUCUACGCCGCCAGACCCGACGUGCGCUGUGUCAUCCACCUGCAUACUCCAGCCACGGCGGCGGUGUCAGCCAUGAAGUGGGGCCUCCUGCCUGUGUCCCACAACGCCCUGGUUGUGGGGGACAUGGCCUAUUAUGACUUCAACGGCGAGAUGGAGCAGGAAGCCGAUCGGAUCAACCUGCAGAAGUGCCUUGGACCCACCUGCAAGAUCCUGGUGCUGAGAAACCAUGGAGUGGUUGCUCUGGGUGACACCGUGGAGGAGGCGUUUUAUAAGAUCUUCCACCUGCAGGCUGCGUGUGAGAUACAGGUGUCUGCUCUGUCCAGCGCGGGGGGCGUGGAGAACCUCAUCCUGCUGGAGCAGGAGAAGCACCGGCCUCACGAGGUGGGCUCCGUGCAGUGGGCGGGGAGCACCUUCGGGCCCAUGCAGAAGAGCCGGCUGGGGGAGCACGAGUUCGAGGCCCUCAUGAGGAUGCUGGACAAUCUGGGUUACAGAACAGGCUACACCUACCGCUACCCCUUUGUUCAAGAGAAAACCAAACACAAAAGUGAGGUGGAGAUUCCAGCCACGGUCACAGCCUUCGUGUUUGAGGAGGAUGGCACCCCGGUGCCCGCCCUGAGACAACACGCCCAGAAGCAGCAGAAGGAGAAGACCCGCUGGCUCAACACGCCCAACACCUACCUGCGGGUCAACGUGGCCGACGAGGUCCAGAGGAGCAUGGGCAGCCCCCGGCCCAAGACCACGUGGAUGAAGGCCGACGAGGUGGAGAAAUCCAGCAGUGGCAUGCCCAUACGGAUCGAAAACCCAAACCAAUUUGUGCCUCUGUAUACUGACCCCCAAGAAGUGCUGGACAUGCGCAACAAGAUUCGAGAACAAAACCGACAGGAUGUGAAGUCAGCAGGGCCUCAGUCCCAGCUGCUGGCGAGUGUCAUCGCUGAGAAGAGCCGAAGCCCGUCCACAGAGAGCCAGCUGAUGUCCCGGGGCCAGGCGGAUACCAAAGACGAGGCCGAGGAGAUAGCGCCCAACCCCUUCAGCCAACUCACGGACCAGGAGCUGGAGGAGUACAAGAAAGAGGUGGAGAGGAAGAAGCUAGAACUUGAUGGAGAGAAAGAACCCGCCCCUGAGGAGCCUGGCUCACCUGUAAAGUCUGCACCUGCUUCUCCAGCUCAGAGUCCGGCCAAGUCAGAGACGAAGAGCCCCGUGGGCUCUCCCUCCAAGUCUGUGGACGAAGACGCUAAGAAGACGGAAACGAGCAAAGCCACCACAGAGCCGGAAGCGACGCAGCCAGAAGGAGUGGUGGUCAACGGCAGGGAGGACGAGCGGACGGCAGAGGACAUCCUCAGCAAAGGCCUCAGCCAGAUGACCACCAGCGCCGACACGGAUGUCGAUACCUCGAAGGACAAAACAGAGUCAGUCACCAGCGGUCCCAUGUCCCCAGAGGGCUCGCCUUCCAAGUCUCCCUCAAAGAAGAAGAAGAAAUUCCGCACCCCGUCCUUCCUGAAGAAGAGCAAAAAGAAGGAGAAAGUGGAGUCCUGAUGCGCAGCCCCCUGGGGCUCCCAUCUGCGUCCUCCCUCCCCUCCCUCGCCGUCUCCCAUCUCUGUCCCUGGAAGCACGGGGCCAAGGAGGGGUCGAAUAGGCCCUGGAUCACACUCUGAUGGGAAACUUAGAGAUUACCCCACCAACCCCUCAUUUUACAGUUGCCCCACAGAAAUCAGGUGACUUCCCCAAGGUCAUGCAGCUGGUUCGUGGCGGAGCCUGCCCUGGAAGUCAGGUCUUCUGGCUCCCAGCCCAGUGCUCUUUCCACUACACGACACUGCCUCGCUGUGGGCCGCCCUUGUGAGGAUGCUGCCCCUGAUCUGAGCCCGGGGCAAGGGGCCAAAGUCAGCCGCAAGCUCUCACAAAUCAGACCCAAAUCAGACAGGUCGAGGCUUCCCUGAGCAAGGUCCUUGUCCUUGCGUGAACCCAACCUCCUGCUGAUGGAGCUGUCACUAUGUUUAGAAAUCUCUCUUCUCUUUCCCAUAGGGUAACUGCCCUGCUGCCCACAGUAGCCACACAAGUGGACCCGUCCCCUCCACCAGAAGUUAAUCCUUGUUCCCAAGGGCUGAUGGCUUAGCUUGUGCUCCCCCAACCACUAACCCCGAGCUUUCUUCAUGGAACCUCUGGAAUGACGGCCGGAAUUGUUGUAAGAGCAGGCAGACGUGAGGGCAGCCAGAUCAGCCACAGCGUGGAGGAUGGUUCGAUCAAUAUAAGAAGCCAGGAACUUGACCCAUUUGAAUUGUGCAUCUCAGGCGCUUCAAAACUAAAACCAAAUUUAG